GUUUCUGAUCAACUCUCGCGAGCUGUCAACGAAGAACUUGCGCGCAGAGAAAAGGCAAUUAGUAUCAGAAAAUGCUGUUCUACUCGUUCUUUAAAUCACUGGUGGGGAAGGACGUGGUAGUGGAGCUGAAGAAUGAUUUGAGUAUCUGUGGAACUCUGCAUUCUGUUGAUCAGUAUCUGAAUAUCAAGCUGACAGACAUCAGUGUGACGGACCCAGAGAAAUACCCCCACAUGCUUUCAGUGAAGAACUGUUUCAUCCGUGGCUCCGUGGUGCGUUACGUACAGCUCCCCGCGGACGAGGUGGACACCCAGCUACUGCAGGACGCCGCUCGCAAAGAGGCCAUGCAGCAGAAACAGUGAUUUCAACAGGGGAGGGGAGGGGAGGGGAGGGGAGGGAGGAGAGAUGGGCUGUUGGGUAGGGUUUUUUGUAUUCAUUUUUUGACGCAGAUAGGGAUUGUCCAGCAGAGAACAGAAACAAACAGCAGAAGAUAUGUUUUUUUGUUUUCAGGGGGGCACUAAAAUGUAAGGAAGUCAUUCUGUAACAUGUUAGAAUAUGUAAGAAUGUGUUUUUUGAAACCAUGAAAAGGUCUGAAUUUUGAAGAUCAUUUUUGUUUUGUUAUGUGGUGUUUGACAUUAAGAGAAAAAAUAAAUAAAUAGUAUCAUUUUACUGAA